GCUUCUGAUCCCUUUUAAAAUAAUUACAUUUAUUUAUUGAAGCUAUUAGAUGGCUUCUCUCUGUGCAAUAUUGUAGCAGAUUACAUUAUCAUUUAUUGUGGUUACAUUUAUUCUUUUCCCAAUAACAUUUUUGUUUCUAUUUUACAACAACACUCUUGCAAGGCAGGACAAGGCAGCCCCAAACCAUAUGUUAGUGUCAAGGCCAAAAGUGGUCCCCCUACUUUUGCCACUGUUCACACAGCUAACACGAAUACUGAAUUAACAAUAUACUAAGCCAUAAAUUAACCAACGGGACGGGGUUCACAUAACUCUCCAAACCUCACCUCCCCCUAAGCCCCGAAGUUAGCACUAUCCAAGCCUGGUCGGUUUCACAAACGCAGCCGCAAGGUCUCCAUCUGACUUGGCUAAUCGUGGAGCGGGAACCCAGCCUGCUCGCAUAAAUCACCCGGCUCACCCGGGACACCCAGCACAAGCGCGAACCAGCGGUUAAGACUCGAGCCGAGGCUGCACGGCCCCCUUCUCCUCGCCUUCCUCCAGCUGGAAAUGGCAUUGCCCUUUUAAGAGCCCAGGCGACGGAGACAGGGAGGGGGAGGAGGCCCCUUUCUUGGAACAGCCACGGAAAGCCGAGGAGGUGGGGGGAGAGCGCGGGGAGGGGAGGGUCUGCCUGAGCCGUCUUCGUUCUUUGGAGGCAGCCCGGAGCCAUCGGCGCGGCGCCCAGCGUCCUCAGUCGGGGUGGCGUCCGCAGGCUCCUCGCUCAGUCUAGCUCGGGGGGCGCUCGACGGCGGCGCAAUGGGGCUCCAGCGCUGCUGCGGGCGGCGACCCCGAUCCCCAGACCACUUCCUCCUCCAGCUCCUCUAACGGCAGGUGCCGCGGCGGGGGCCUCCCCCCGAGCCAUGUACGCCAAGGGCAAGGGCUCCAGCGUGCCCUCCGACGGACAAGCGCGCGAGAAGUUGGCACUGUAUGUAUACGAAUAUCUCCUUCAUGUUGGAGCUCAGAAAUCUGCACAGACCUUCCUCUCAGAGAUCCGGUGGGAAAAGAACAUUACGCUGGGAGAACCACCUGGCUUCCUUCACUCCUGGUGGUGUGUGUUUUGGGACCUGUACUGUGCAGCACCUGAUCGACGAGAGACCUGUGAGCACUCAAGUGAGGCCAAAGCUUUCCACGAUUAUAGCUCCGCAGCUACAACCAGUCCUGUGAUGGCCAACCUGCCACCCAGUGAUGCCAUCCCCAGCGGGCCUAUGUUGUCGGGCUUUUUCCAGGGACCACCUGGCUCCCAGCCAUCCCUACAUGCUCAAGCUCCCUUGCACAACCCUAAUGCGGCAAUGAUAGGACCCCAUAAUCAGCCAUUCAUGCCUUCACGCUUCCCUGGUGGGCUCCGUCCUUCCGUUCGAAUGCCAAGCCAGCCAUCUAUGGGUGUGUCUGGCCAACCUCUGAUGCCCAGUGCAAUGGAUCCGGCAAUCCGAUCACAAGUAGGGCAUCCUAACAUGGGCCCGAUGCAGCGCAUGACCCCACCACGGGGUAUGACAGGAAUGGCUCCACAGAAUUAUGGUGGUGGCAUAAGACCUCCUCCAGGGUCCCUGGUUUGCCCUGGUAUGCCCACAAUGAACAUCGCUCCGGGUGUUCGAGGAUCCUGGCCAAAUAUAAACACAAACUCGGUAUCCUAUUCCUCAUCUUCUCCUGGCAGCUAUGGGGGAGGCGGAGGCCCCCCUGGCACCCCUCUCAUGCCAAGCCCUGGAGACUCCACCAACUCUAGUGAAAAUAUGUACAUGAUGAACUCUGUUGGUCCUCCACCAAGCCGGCCUGGAUUCUCCAUGGGGCCAAGUCCAGAAGGUCCAAUGGCGGGAAUGAGUGCCAUGGAACCCCAUCAUAUGAAUGGAUCACUAGGUCCAGGUGAAAUAGAUGGGAUGCCCAAGAAUUCCCCGGGUAGCAUGGCCAGCAUAGCUAACCCACCGGGCACCCCACGUGAUGACAGCAGCAGUGAGAUGGGCAGCAGCUUCAUAAACCCCUUCCAAAGCGAGAGCUAUUCGCCCAGCAUGACUAUGAGCGUGUGACCCGGCCCGGAUGCCCAGUCCCAGAGGAGCCAGACUGAUGCCCCCCAGGGGUCUUAAUCCCCCUGUAUUUAAUAACAGCUUCCCUUGAUUGCUAGUCUCCGCCCCCCCUGCCCCCAGUCUGGACUUUUGCUCCCCGCCCAGGUCACCGCCUGCCCUCUAACUGGUACUCAGUAAACUGUAGUGACGCGAGAAUUGUCACUAAUCAAGUGGGACAGCCGAAGGUUUGAUAUGCUGCACAAGUGGACAGUUAUGAAAGGCAGGGAGCUGCACCCCCUCCUCCUGGACUGCAGCAUCCCAUACCCUGAGGGGUUUAUGAUGAUCCAUUGGACAUUGGGACUGUCAUCCACCGUGCAUCUUUGGACUUUUUAAAUUCUGCAUUGUAGCAGGAACAGUUGUGCUGUUUGGAAAGCUUCAUUUUGGUCUCUAUUCUUAAAACUGGUGGUACAGUUGGGAAAAAGGCAUGUGCAUCAGGAAACAUGGUUAAGACUCUUCCGGAGUCUUGAAGUUCAGCAGGAGGGCUAGAGGAAUACACAGGGCCCAUUUUGGUGAGCUCGGGAGGCAAAUGGGGAAGGUGUGGUGGGUGAAAGUUGACUGCCACGAGCUGAUUGAAUUAAAAGUAAAUUUGGAGGUGUGUGGACUUUGCUGGCAAUGCAAAAGUUUUUGGGGCGUGGGCAGACUCUCUUGUCUUCGUGUCUGCAGUCAGCUUUGGUUUCCUGCCUAUGUUCACUGGCUAGAAAAAAAAUAGCAAAGUUGUUUCCUAAUUGCACAGACUUCCAUGGAAGUAUUCUUGAUUCUGCCCAUAUUAGUUGGCAGAGACUGUGUGAUACCAGAUGCUAUUGGGGGGGGAGGAGAUACCCUAAUAAUUGAACUUCAGGUGAAUUUGAGCUUGGUUCCUGAUGACUUCACAGAAACGUCCAUGUUGUUUUCUUGGCAAUAGCAUGGAAGUAUUUUACCAUUGCAUUCUUAGGGGAUGUAUUUUCAGCUUCCUACAGCCUUGGGAUUGCCUAAUGGUCUCCCGUUCUGGUACUAACCAGACUAAAAUCUGCACAGCUUCCAAGGCUAGAGAAGGUCAGCCAGAUGCUGCCACCAGCUGAUCUACUAGUUGCUAUGCAAAGACAUAAAUUAUGAUAGCAGUUACUGUUUUUCCCUGCAUCAUGUUUUUAACCUUUUUCAUUUUUCUCUCAUAUUGGGUGUUUUAAACACCUGUGGCGAAUAAACUUGGCUGUAAGGGAACUUUAUGGCAGUCAACAGAGGUGCACAUUAGAGAUUUCCCCUGUUCUGUCUUCCAUCCCUUUCAGCUAAGAAGGUAAAGGGGAAACGCUGUGAAUGACUUGUAAAAAAAGGCUAUACCUCCAUCUCUUCCCAAAUACACCCUUGACUGUCUCUUCAAAAGUCAGUCUUCCAUCUGUCAGCUUUCAGAUACCUCCUAUUACAAUUCCUGCCACCCAUAGCCAGCAACUUUGGAUGUUGGGAGCUGAAAGCUAAGACCUGUGAAGGGCAUCAACUCAAGGAAGCCUAUUAUAUUUAUGUGCCAGUGAAUAGAAUACAUUGGAAGAGAUAUAAUCGUUUGGCCUAUUCUCAUAUCUGUUAUCAAAGGAACACAACCUUUGUGUGUCCUGUGGGAUGGAGGGAGAUGGUUUGGCCCUUGAACAGGGGUAUCCUUUGAGGUUUAUAUUGUGAAAGUGGCAACAAUGUGAAAGUGGUUGGCCUUUGCUAUCUGGGAGGAUUGACUUCCCGGUCUAGUCUAUAGUACUGGAAUGUCCUGAAGGCCUCACAGCCAAGUGCUAAGCAGGCCUAAUCUACUUACCUUUUUUCUAAGAACCACUAUGUUGGCAAAGGGCUGCCACCAGCGGUUACAAAUCACAGUCCAAGCAUGGGUGAUUUGCUUGUGUGGUGUAGGCAACCACCAUAGCUGGACAGCUUUUGAGCUCAAGGCAAGGGAAGCCCACCUUCUCCUUGAUUAUCAGAGAACUCUUCCAGCAGAAAGUUUACUCAAACAUGUAUCCAGAGUUUGUCUUCUUGUGUCUUAAAUUCAUUCAAGCUACAGAGGUCUUGACUUUCAGUGGUACUCCAAGAGUGCCAUCAUAUUUUCUCUUUCCUCCUGUUUUUUUUCCCUCAAGGCUUAACACACCCAACUCCUUCAGUCUCUUCUCGUAGGACUAAAAUUCCUAUUUGAGCAGACAAGAUCAAGAAACAGGAAGACUAAAACUAUAUUGAAUAGGCUACAGUAACGGAAUCUUGCAAGUCUGCCCAUGUUUUCCCUUCUAUCCUUCUUAUACCAGGAGGAACCUGAACCUGAAUCUUUUUCUAAUAGUUCCCCACUUACGUGGGCUUAAUGCAUGCUUCAGCAUCUGUGGUUGUUCUGUGGGCUACUCAGUGUCUUCUCCAAAGUCACCUCCAUCGCACCCUACAGUUCCUGGCCCAACUGUCCUUUCCCCUACUUUUUUGAACUCAGUCUAGUUUGUUUCCAUUCUUAAAACGUGGCAUCAAGAACCAGACUGAACAAUACACUAUUUUUAUUAUUGUCAUCCCCAUCAUCUCUGCAAGCUGAGAUGCCUGAGCCUGACCUUUCCAGAAAAUAUUGGGAUGUUAGAUCUCAGCUUUGGGAUCAGCAAAAAAAAAAAAAAGAACUGAGUCAUUCUGGGUUGCUUGGUUAGAUAUGAGUGAUCAUUGCAAUCCAUAGGCAUUCAAAGGGAGAAAGUGAAGAACAUGCUUGAACAAUACUCUUGCAACACAAAUUCUGCCCCCCAGUAUUUGAUGUUCCUAUAUAUUUUGGAAUUGUGAUUAGGUGUGAUUAAGCAUAGGUGCCUGUAUUAUUAUCCACUAAAAUAAUCAGCAUAGAUCUUGGGCUGGAUUUGAAAUCUGAGAGACAUGCUGGAAGAGGUCACAUACAAAAGUGAGAACAAAAACUAUUUCACCUUAAUUUGACUCUUGAUUCAAAUGAACUGAAGACAAUAUAUUGGGGCUUUCCAUGUCCCUCUCCAUUAGCACAUUAACAAUUAAAAUUAAGGGACAGUUUUUACAGGGGCUUUUAGUGAAGUUGCAGAUUGUGCGUUCCCUGCUUUAGAUCUGCUAGUUCUAGAUUUUCUGAAAAGAGAACGCUAGUUCUGGAUUUUUCCAUCAGCUCUUUCAAAUACUAUUCUUCACCAUCUGUUUUUUUUAUAGCCCACCAGCCCUUGUUCCUCUUACAUAGGCUAGUGCUAUACACUAUAAAAAAAGUAGGCACUAAGCUUGCUUGCUUCAUGUACAUGAGAACAGCUCUGGCCACAGGGAUCCAAGUAUGAGAGAGCCAGAUUUAGAAUGGGUUUACCUCUCUGAGGCCAUUACUAUUUUACGAAGAUCCCCUCUUCCCACAGUUUCAGCAGCUGAAUUUAGGUAGGCACAAAGACACAAAUCUAUAUAUGUAGGAACAAUUUCUAGCUGAUUGCAACCUUUCUACCCAGCUCUCCUUGGAUGCAGCUCGCAUCCCAUCUUUCCAGCGUCACUGGAAUAGGAUACUGACUCACUCUCCCACCCACCACCAUCAUUGCAGAAACUUAAGAACUCAUGUAAGCGCUGUUUCUGUUGCCACCACCCUUAGGAGAAACAGGUACAUUCCAUAAUAACAAGGCAAAAGGCAGAAUCUAUUUUUUUUCAACAAUUUAUAUAAAAACGGGCUCUUAUAAUCCUAUUCUUUCCUCCCUAGGGAUUUUAGCGAGAAGGCAAGGAGGGCUCUUUCCGACCGUGUUCUCAUUUCUGCCUAGUCACUCUGUAACUUCCAAAACCAUGUUUACACCUAGCACUUCCAUACCUUUGGGAUGUGUGUGAUCUUUUAAUAGCAACUGAAUUAUAUGUAAAGAUUUGGGGAUUUGGAUUGUAUAUUCCCAUUUGGUACAAAAUUUCCUCCUCAACUUAACUUGGAUCUGGGUCUGGGGGAUAAAUGUCCUCAAUUGGUAUCUUAAUCAAAUUCACAUCUCAAAUUUAUAGGCGCAGAGAAAAAUUUAAGGGGAGGGCAGGCGGUUAUUUCUGCAUCUCAGAAUUUUGUAAUAUAGCUUUUUCUCCAAACUGCAAGGAAAAGCAACUACAAAAAAUGUACGUAAGGAAAAAUGAUACGUAAAAAGUUAGGGCAAAAUUUUACAUCCAAAAUGUAAUUGUUCUAAAGUUACAAGUGACGCAGAAACAGAAGCAAAUUAAUUUGUGGCUGAAAAAAAAUGAGGAAUCAAAUUCAUAUUCAUAACUUCUUAACACUUUUGAAGUGUUGGGGUUUCACAACUUUUGUUCAAUUGUAAAAAGUAUUUUGGGGAGAAAUGUUUGACUCUGUUCUUUUUUUCUGGUUUUGGGGUCAAACUUCUGCACAAAUUUAAAGAAUGGGAAAGAAGGCAAAUUUGCUGCCUCAAUCCAGAUCCAAAGGAAUUACAGCAUCAGCUUGGGCUUUUUUUUCAUUGUUAUUCUGUGUAAAUAAAAUACCAUUUUUGGAGGAAGUCAUUGAAUUUUUAAGGUUUCCAAUGAGAAAACUUGCAUCAAUAAAUGUAAUUUGGAUUUUUUUAAGAAAAAA